CUCGGAGUUCCAAUUGUCCAAUUCCAAUCGGAACGUCGGCUGGCAGACGUGCGUCGUUUGCUGAGCGGGUGGUGUAUAUAAAUGUAUAUAAACAAUAAAAGCGUAAUUUCAAUUGAAUCAAGACCAUAACAACGGUUUCUGGGACUCGGUUGCCUUGCCAUAUGUGACACCCAGCACACACAUGCGCCCGUAAAUUCCGAAAGUUCGACAUCUGUUUCGGCGCGGAUGCGGUUGCUGGUGCACGAAAGUGAAAUUUCGCAGCGGAAAGUGCAAGAGAAAACGGAGAAAGGUGCCUCCAGAGCUGACCGUUAGUCCUGGUCAUGUCGUCGCUGGAACUCGAGAUCAGCAGCGGCCGCACAAGCAGCAACAACAACUCGUAUGGAUAUGCGAGCAACAACAACAGCAUCAUGCAGAAGCCAGUACCCGCCCCCUCGACCCCCGCCUGCGCUCAGCUGAUCCAAGGCAAGGAGGGGGACCCACUGGAGGGCAGUGCAGCAAACACCUCCGAUCCCUCCCCGGCCGCCCUGCUCGCCCUGGAGUCCUCGGAGGACAGCGAGUGUGACCCCUUCCUGGCCAGCAGCGCUCCCAGUCGAAGAGGGCCCCGGCCCUCCUCCUCCUCCUCCGUCCUCCGCAGCCGCAAGCGCAGCUCUUGGUGGGGGCGGGCCCACGGCUACCUCACCCGCAACUGGUACCUGGGAUGCCUGCUGCCCGCCUGCAUCCUGGGCGCACUCGUCUUCAUCGGCUGGGCGACGCGGGACUACGCCCGCCAGCUGCUCUUCUGGAUUGAGAUGCAGAACGCCUGGAUAACCUUCGCCGUGUACAUGGCGCUCUUCGCCCUGGUCAGCUUCCCCGUGGUGGUGGGCUACUUCGUCCUGCUCAUCACCGCCGGCUACCUGUUUGGCUGCCUGCGCGGCUGGCUCACCGUGAUCCUGGGCGCCAACCUCGGCAUCGCCGUGGCGCAUGCCACCAUUCGCAGCUGCCGGCACCGCAUUCCCGUGCAAAGGUUGAUCAAAAAUGAUACGGGACGAGCUAUUCUUCGCGUGAUAUCUGGACCAAAGGCAUUUCGGGUGGUGCUUUUUACGCGACUUACCCCCAUUCCCUUCGGAGUUCAGAAUGUGAUAUUCGGAAUCAGUUCCAUCAAUACGAGAGACUACCAUGUGGCCACAAUGAUUGGGCUGCUGCCAGCCCAAACUAUCAAUGUUUACUUGGGCUCAACGCUAAGAUCCAUGCACGAAGUGCUUAAUGAUAAUGAUACCAAGCUGACAGGCUACAUUAGCUUCGUAUUUGAGGAGGAUGCCACGCCCACUGUAACGCCCACAAACGCCUAUAUCGCUAAAACCUGUCUAGCGACUACAUUUUUUACAGAUUUUGUAAAAAAGUAAAUGGGAUUUUGUUUUGAUUAUCAAUAUAUGUAUAUCCAAAAAAAUUGUAAGUCGGACCAUUCAUUAAAAGGUUAUGAGCAAGCUAAAUGUGCAAUCUUGGUUACAGCCGCUUUGCUGCUUGCAUAUCUCCGUCUACCGCACACCCCCCUUAGCUGAGUAACGGAUAUGUGAUAGUCGAUGGUAUCGACUAUAACGUUCUCUCUUGUUUCAUAUGCGCAGUUGACAAAAUCUUACCCAAUGAUUUUACGCAUUUAUCUAGCAAAAACAUCGUCAAUGACGACACAGCCACUAGAUACAAACGUAGUAUGUAAAGUAUAUUAAGUUUAAGUAGUGUAUUUAUUUUAAAGUUGGUUAGUUGAGUAACGGGUGUUUGGUAGUUGAGGCACUCGACUAUUACGUAAUCUCUUGUUUUAAACAUUAUUUUUAUUCAGAUUUUGACUAUAACCAUAAGUCAAUUGAAGCUUUUAAGUUAACUUACCAAGUAAUUUGAAGCUUAGAUUCCUAAU